CUUCAGAUUUCCUCAUGCUUUCUAGUUACGAUUUUUAAAGAAAACUGUAUGGGAAAUGCAAAUAUUAACAACAAAGGGAGUGGAAUGUGCAGCGAACAGAAAGAAAGCUCUGAGAUUUUAAAAGCGAAAAUGAACAGACCAGUUCAACUAGUUUUUGCACCACACACCCAGCGCUCCUUGUUUGCAGUUCAGAAGCAGUUCAGUUUGCAUGGCGGGAUGCUGGUCAGAGACAACAGCAUCGCGGCCCUGCUUAUUCGGACCCUGAAUCUUAAGAAAAAGUAUCUGAGGACCAAUUCCAUCUUCGGAAAGGAAAAUGGGUCAAAAGAUGGCAAAGGAAACAAGCCUUGAGAAUAAAGCUGACAUCCUGGUGAUGUGUGAUAUAUUUAGCCAAGGAGUAGUUCACGCAUCCCACAAACUUAAAGAGUACCUGGGAUUUGAGGAUCCCCAGAGCAAAUUCCACCCAGCCACGGAUACCCUGAAUGAAAUCUUUCUGGUCAACUUCAUCAGUUUCUGUGUUGAGAAAGGCGUAGAAGAACGCAUCACAACCAGCAAAAUGACCAGGCAGCAAUCCUUGCUUUUGGGGGUCGACUGGAUUUGGACUCUGUCUGGAGCAGACAAGAAAAUUAAACUUCAGCUUGCUGUUCAGUCUCUGCAGAUGACUGAUCUCCUCAGCCGAGACCAACCUUUUGAAUUCCUGGGCAGCAAGAGCGAGACCGUGCUUGCUAGUGAGCUCUUUUGGAACAAGAGCCGAUUUGAAAAGCUGGAAGAAUUCUGCGCCUUGGUUGGGCAGGACUGCCUCGGCUUAUUCAUAAUCUAUGGGGUUCCAGGAAAGCCCAAAGAGGUCCGAGGCAUCGUUUUGGACAGCAUUGAAAAGGGAAAAAGGCAAAACCUCUUUUCAGGUGACAAUGCUUUGAGACAAUUUAUUUUGGACACAGACAAUUUUCUCCCUACUAAAGAGAUGCUGGAAUGCUGCCUCUUUAAGAAAAAUGGAUUGAGGGAUGUGGGUAAGGUGUAUAUUAAUUUCCUUUAACAUUUCUAAUUGCAAAUACUAAAGAUGGCUAUCUCAUAUUGCUCACAAACUGCUCUCUUCUGAACGUUCCCAGAGAUGAGCCGUUGUAGACUUUGCAUUGUCUCCAGGAUGGUGCACUUCCAUAAAAUAGACUUUCAACGUAUUCCCGUCUUGAACAUUCAACUGUUCACAGGACCAUGUUUAAAAAAGAAAUCUAUUCACUAUACUGGGCAAUAGGAAAUAUAACUGUUACCAGAAUCAUGGCAUAGAGAUGUAAAUGUUACCUUAAGGGAAUAAAUAUUCCUGUA